CGCUUCGGGCACGCGCGCUCCUGCGCUGGGGGAUGUUGUGAUGGAGAAGCGGCCGCUGAGCCCGACCCAGAGUCAGAUCUCCAGCCCCGCUGCUGCCGCCGCCGCCACCGCCUCUGCCUAGAGCCUCCCCGAAGCCCGAGUCCGAACCUGAACCCGAAUAUUCCGAGCGCCCGCAGCCCCGGGGCCCCUCGCACUGCAGGAGGACCUAUCGUGGGCCAUGUCUGCAUCGUUGAGCCCGCAGCCUGAUGUGGUGAAUGACAACAGCCGUGUGGGCCCAGUGCUGAGUCUGGCGCUGCCCCUACAGGCUGCCCAUAACCAGCUCCUGAACGCCAAGCUACAAAGUGUGGCGGCAGCACCCAAGGGCCUUCGAAGUGCCAUGGGAGAGGGUGGUGGGGCUGAAUCAGGCCCAGCCAAUGCCAAGUGGGUGAAAGAGGGUCAGAACCAGCUACGACGGGCAGCCACGGCCCACCAGGACCAGAAUCGGAACAUGACCCUGGGUGGAGAGCCAGCACCUACUGUGGCCGCCAGCGCCAAAGGCUUACUGCAUCUCUAUUCAGAAUUAGAGAUCUCUGCCCGAAAUGCUGCCAACUGUGGGCACUUAGGUUCUGGCCUCCUCAUUGAUCUCGGCCCACCUGAGCACCAGGCCCUGCCCUGUAGCCAAGAGGAAGAGGAAGGAGAAGAGAAGGCAGCUGGGGAAGAGGAGGAAGAAGAAGAAGAAGAGGAGGAGGAGGAAGAAGAAGAGGACUUGUCCUCCCCGCCUGGGCCUUGUGAGCCUCUGGAAUGCAGUGAGGGUAACCCUGCUCACCGGACCCAACCAGAUGGUCCUCGGGAUCACAGCAAGAGUGCUAGUCUCCUGUUUGGCAUGAGGAACAGUGCAGCAAGUGAUGAAGACUCAAGCUGGGCCACCCUAUCACAAGGCAGUCCCUCCUAUGGCUCCCCAGAGGAAACAGACUCCUUCUGGAACCGGAAUUCAUUCGAGACGGAUUCAGACCUGCCUUCCGGAUGGAUGAGGGUCCAGGACACCUCAGGAACCUAUUAUUGGCACAUCCCAACUGGAACCACCCAGUGGGAGCCCCCUGGCAGGGCCCCCCCCUCACAAGGGAGCAGCCCCACUGAAGAGCCUCAGCUCACCUGGACUGGUUUUGGCCAUGGGGAGACCUUUGAAGAUGGCGAGUUCUGGAAGGAUGUGGCCAGUGAGGAGCCCCCCACGGAGCCGGAAAGGAAGGACUCUGAAGAUGGGGCCCUGCCCUUCCAAGCUCUGAACAUUGGCACUGACUCGCCCCAAGAGCAGGAGAAGUUACCCCUUGUGAACACCAACCUGGGGGCCAAGUGCUUUGCCGUGCGCUCUCUGGGCUGGGUGGAGAUGACUGAGGAGGAGCUAGCCCCUGGACGCAGCAGUGUGGCCGUCAACAACUGCAUCCGCCAGCUCUCCUACCACAAACACAACCUGCAUGACCCAGCCCAAGGAGGAUGGGGAGAGGGAAAGGACAUGCUGCUGCAGCUGGAGGAUGAGACGCUGAAGCUGGUGGAGCCCCAUGGACAGACAGUGUUGCAUUCACAGCCCAUCAUCAGCAUCCGAGUGUGGGGCGUCGGGCGGGACAGUGGAAGAGAGAGAGACUUUGCCUACGUGGCCCGGGACAAGCUGACCCAGAUGCUCAAGUGCCACGUGUUUCGCUGUGAAGCACCUGCCAAGAACAUAGCCACCAGUCUGCAUGAGAUCUGCUCUAAGAUCAUGGCUGAACGCCGAAGUGCCCGCUGCUUAGUGAAUGGCCUGUCCUUGGAUCACUCCAAACUGGUGGAUGUUCCCUUCCAAGUGGAGUUCCCGGCCCCGAAGAAUGAGCUGGUACAGAAGUUCCAAGUCUAUUACCUGGGGAACGUGCCCGUUGCUAAGCCAGUGGGUGUGGAUGUGAUUAAUGGGGCCUUGGAGUCAGUUCUGGCCACUAGCAGCCGGGAGCAGUGGACCCCAAGUCAUGUCAGCGUGGCUCCUGCUACCCUCACCAUCCUCCACCAGCAGACAGAGGCAGUUCUGGGAGAAUGCAGGGUGCGGUUCCUGUCUUUCCUGGCGGUGGGUAGAGAUGUCCACACUUUCGCCUUCAUUAUGGCUGCCGGCCCUUCCACUUUCUGCUGCCACAUGUUCUGGUGUGAGCCCAAUGCAGCCAGCCUCUCCGAGGCUGUACAGGCUGCCUGCAUGCUUCGGUACCAGAAGUGCCUGGAUGCCCGUCCCCAGGCCUCCAGCUCUUGUCUCCCAGCACCCCCUGCCGAUUCGGUUGCUCGUCGCGUGGGCUGCACUGUCCGAAAGGGGGUCCAGUCUCUUCUGGGCACACUGAAACCUAAAAGGCUAGGAACCCAUACACCCUGAACAGCCUCGCAGGGUCUGGAUUGGGUCCAGACCAUCCCCUAAACUGCCCUGGGGCCCUGGGGAACUCUUAAGAUAUGGGGUGGGGAGGGGCCCAGGGCAGCCUGUCAGGCCCUUCCUGAUACUACUCUGGGCCAGGGCCAUCUGGCACUGCUUCCCCCACCAGUGGCAGGGGCUCCCUGCCUUGGGGAUGGGGAAGAAGGUGGGACUGCAGGCCCACAGGGAAGGAGGAGACUGAAGCAUGAAGGUAGAACCAAUGGGUCUCAUGGCCAGACUCCACAACUGGACCCCUGUCCUGGGACACUGAUGCUAUCCCAGCCCACGGGUUCCUGUGUGUCUCUUUGCCACGUGCAUCAGUCAGUCGAGGUAGAAAAGAUAGGCCUUUGGCCUGGCUUUUCCUUUGCUGACUGGACCUGUGGCCCAUGGGCAGUGAGGGUGGGAGUGGAACAUCCCUCCUCCUGUUCUGUGGGCCCUGGCUAUUUGUGUUCACUAAUAAAGCCUGUCUGUGCGCCCAUCUAGA